ACACCGUCUCUGGGAAGACUCGUGGCUCUUGUGAGGAAAGGGCUGCGAGGCUUGAGCGGGUGGACGGCUGGGCUGCAGCUAUGGACGGAGAGCUGGCCCAGACCCGCAUCCUUGCAGAACCUGCCCAAGUGUGGCUGCUCCCACCAUGGUCUCCUCGGUGUACAUCACAGUGGAGCUGGCCAUUGCUGUGCUGGCGAUCCUCGGCAACGUGCUCGUGUGCUGGGCUGUGUGGAUCAACAGCAACCUGCAGAAUGUCACCAACUACUUUGUGGUUUCACUGGCGGCGGCUGACAUUGCAGUGGGUGUGCUUGCCAUCCCCUUCGCCAUCACCAUCAGUACCGGCUUCUGUGCCGCCUGCCAUGGCUGUCUCUUCUUCGCCUGCUUUGUCCUGGUCCUCACUCAGAGUUCCAUCUUCAGCCUCUUGGCCAUCGCCAUUGACCGCUACAUCGCCAUCCGCAUCCCACUCCGGUACAAUGGCUUGGUGACAGGUAUGAGGGCGAAGGGCAUCAUUGCAAUUUGCUGGGUGCUGUCAUUUGCCAUUGGCCUGACCCCCAUGCUGGGUUGGAACAACUGCAAUUACCUUAAGGAAAGCAGGAACUACACGCAGACCUGCGGCGAGGGCCAGGUGACCUGUCUGUUCGAGGACGUGGUGCCCAUGAACUACAUGGUAUAUUACAAUUUCUUUGCUUUCGUGUUACUGCCCCUACUGCUCAUGCUGGGCAUCUACCUGCGGAUUUUUCUGGCAGCCCGGAGACAGCUGAAGCAGAUGGAAAGCCAACCCUUGCCAGGGGAGCGAACUCGGUCCACACUGCAGAAGGAGGUCCAUGCUGCCAAGUCCUUGGCCAUCAUCGUGGGGCUCUUUGCCCUCUGCUGGUUACCACUACACAUCAUCAACUGCUUCACCUUCUUCUGCCCCUCAUGCCAACAUGCCCCUCCGUGGCUCAUGUACCUGACCAUCAUCCUCUCCCACGGAAAUUCUGUUGUCAACCCCUUCAUCUAUGCCUACAGGAUCCGGGAGUUCCGCCAGACCUUCCGGAAGAUCAUCCGCACCCAUGUCCUGAGGCGGCAGGAACCCUUCAAGGCAGGGGGUUCCAGUGCCUGGGCCUUGGCAUCUCACAGCACUGAGGGAGAGCAGGUCAGCCUCCGCCUCAAUGGCCACUCCUUGGGGGUAUGGGCCAAUGGCAGCGGCCCCCAUUCUGGACGGAGGCCCAAUGGCUACACCCUGGGGCUUGUGAGCGGAGGGAGUUCCCAAGGGUCUCCCGGGGAUGCAGAGCACCAGGAAGGACACCCAGAGCACCCUGGCCUAGGGGAUCAACGGGCUGAAGUCAGAGUAGGGACAUCCUCGUGGUCUACAGAGUUUGCCCCUUCCUGAGGGAAAGAACUCUUUUUCUUUUCGGUUGGCUGGACCAAUCUCACUGAGAGAAGACAAGGACGACCAUGCCAGGAAGCCCCCUGGGCAUCUGAUUCCCACUUUGGACUAAGAAGAGGGAACAUCAACCUGCAGCAGCAUGAAUUCUGUAAG